UUAGCCGACGGUAGUCGAACAGUCCGUCCUACCGGACUGCUUGAGGCGGCCGCAACGCCAUGUUGAGCGAAGUCUCCCAUCUCUAUGAAAAAUGAGUUUAAAACGCAAGAUGAUGAUAUCAAACGCCGAAUAAGUAAAGAAGGCACGCCGGGGAAUAUACACUGAAGAACGGGACCGAAACAGAUCCGUGGACAUCCCGGACGAGGUGGGGGAGACGAACCCCCCGCCGUCCCCAUGAAUAGCUCCACAAUUCUGAUGGAAAAAAGCGAGUAUACGUUUAAAAAGCCUUUUGUGAUAAUGGACUCUGAGACUGACUAUUGACUAUUAAGGAUUUUCUGCAACACUGAAGAGGAACGUCUCGCGUACUUAUGUAUAAUAGCUAGAUUUACCGUGUAACAUUAUUUAGUAGCGUAUUGUUUGCUUUUGUUCAAAAUCUGCAAUGAGUUUGCCACCGAAAGUGGUGCCGAAACCGGCCGCUGUCGCAGUUAGUGGACCUAUAACCGGGCCAUCCCCAUCAAGCCAACUGCGGGCGACACUGACCCCCGUGUCGUUACCACCGGGAGCCCCGACUGCUCCUCAGCCGCCUGCUGUGCCGCCACCCCACGUUGUCCUUAACACGGCCCGUCCCAGGAUACCACGCGUGCAGGCCGGCCUGGACGAACGUCUCUUCCCAGCACAGCCCGGGGUGACCGCCGUGUACAGCGUACCCAGGCACCCCGGCCCCCCGUUCCCCCCACACGACCUCAGUAAGGGCCACCCUCCGCUGCCGGGGCCCCCUGGCCCUGGAGGCCCGGCCUCGGCGCCCACUCUCUCUCAGGUAUCAGUCCCCACGGCGGGCCAGUACCGCUACCUUAAGGGCUGGGAGGCAGGCGGAGGGAGUCCGUACUCCUCUGGGCAGAAUGCGGGCUCCGCGCCCCUGGUGUAUUCUCCGCAGACGCAGCCCAUGAACGUGCAGCAGCCACAGAGUCGGCCGGUGAGUACGGCGUUCCGCGCCGCCCAGACGCCUGACGGGACGCAGGCAGCUGUGAACGUGAGCAACCUCUUGCAGUUUGUGACAGGACCACGGCCUCCGCCCCCUCACCAGGUCUACCUACAAACAAUGGCUGCCCAGAUGGCUGUGAACAUGGGGGGAGGAUUCAGGCCCAUCCAGUUCCUGCACAGGACCCAGAUGCAGACGGCGCGUCCCUCGCUGCCCAACAGCAGUGGUUCUCUGCGGCCGGGCUCCCAGUCGGCGGCCCCGGCCCAGGCCGUCUACCCCAGCCCCGGCCACCAGCCCAUCAUGAUGACCAUGACCAUGCCCUUCCCCGCGCCACAGGCCACCCAGUACUACAUCCCCCAGGUACGCGGGACCGUGGCGCGGGACAGCCCACAGCACUACAUACAACAGUACCGCCACAGUACGCCGUACGUGGCUCCCCCUACGCAGUACCCCGUGCAGCCUCCCGGCUCCGGAACAUUCUACCAGGGCCCUGGACCGGGGGAGUACGCCGCGCCUUUUGCUACGCCGCAGUACUACCCAGGCCAGGCUGUGUACUCCCCCUCUCCACCCAUCAUAGUGCCUACACCACAGCAACCUCCACCCUCCAAACGAGAGAAGAAGCCGAUCCGUAUUCGGGACCCCAACCAGGGGGGCAGGGACAUCACGGAGGAGAUCAUGUCAGGACGAGCCUCCACCACCCCCACUCCCCCCGCCACGGGACGGGCAUCUACUACACCCACACCCCCACAGCCAGGAGCCAGUCAGACUCCAGAUCCGAAUGUGUCUCGAGCGCCGGCCUACAGCCCCGAGUCUUCUCUGAGACAGCAGCCCAGUCCAGCCAGCACCGACGGACACUCCACACCAGAUGAGAAAGUCAAGCCAGACAGCUCGCCUCCUGCUCCUGCUCCUGCUCCUGCUCCUGCUCCUGCUCCGAUUCCUGCUCCCAGCAGUAGCAUCAGGGCGUCUCCCAGCCCAGCAGCGCUUCCAGGCACCUCCUCCCCCACCGCCACCCCCGCUCCUGCCCCUGCUCCUGCCACCUCCCCCAGAGAGGCGGCCAGCAAUAGCAGCAGCAGCAGCACCACCCUCUCCACCCUCUCCACCAUCAGCAGCAGUGGAGCAGGUAGCAACAGCGGCGAGUCCAACUCCUCCUCCACCACCAUCCCCCCUGUCACCUCCUCGUCCUCCUCCUGCUCCUCUUCCUCCUCCUCCGCUCCCUCCCCUCCUCUCCCCUCCGCCGUGGCUCCCCCCACCGCAGCGACCCCUCCUCUCACCACCACCGCUGCCGCCACCACCUCCGCCGCUCCCGUGGAACCCGAGGGGCCCAAAGGUGUCCCCUCUGCCCCAGCGACGGCCCCCUCUCCUCCUGCCCCGGAGGCGUCUGAGGACGAGCCUCGCCCGGAGCCCGCGGCCCAGACGCCCAGAGCUCCUGCCUCGUCUUCCUCUUCCUCCUCCUUCACCCCUCUGCCUCCCGCGCAGGCGGUCAACGGCCUGGCCGACUCGCCGGCCCCCUCGCCCUGCGCGGAGGUGGAACUGCAAGAAGAGGAGCAGCAGGAGGCGGCGGCGGAGGAGGAAGGCAACGGCGAGGUGGAGGAGCUGGAGGCCGCCGCAGCCGAUGUGGAGAAGGCAUGCGAGCAGACGGCGGUCGUCGACGGCGUGGUCUCAACAUCGUCCCCGAGAGACGAGACGUCUCCAGAAACAACAGCAGCAGCAGCAGCUUCGAAGCUCAGCACGGCUGAAACGGCAGCCUCCCUAAUCACCCCCAGCACACCAUCUACAGUCUCCCCGUCAUCAUCCACCACGUCAUCUUCAUCCAGUGGCUGCGCUGCUGCACCCCCUACUUCCUCUGUGCUGGCUCCGCCCCCGGGCCUGCCCCCUCUGGUGCCCCCUCCUGGGUUGGAGGAGAAAAUGCCCUGCAGCAGCAGCAGCAGCAGCAGCAGAGACACCCCUGCAGAGCUCAUUAAUGAUGCCCCUGCAGCCCAAACGCCGGCCGCCACCACCACCGCCACCGCGCCGACUGCAGUCCCGUCAGCCGACACACAGGAAGAUGCUGCCCACCAACAGACCAACUCAAGGAAGACCACAACCUCAGCCAUCGCUACAGGCCCUGCACCAAAGAGCUGGAAGAAGCCAAAUGAAGGGAGUCAGACGGGAGAGGCCCCAUCACAGGAGGAGGCCCCUGUCAGACAGCCAUCUCCUCCAGCCAGGGAGAGCCGGGGCAGCCCUCCUCCUCCAGAGCCGACGGUGGCGGUGGGCCCUCGGGACCCCCAGGAGCCCUCCCAGCAGCAGCCGCCGGCCCCUGAGGAGAACGGCCAGGCAGACGGGGAGCCCAUGAGGAACGGGGCCUCCCACCACGCCUCCGAGACGGAGAGCACCGACAGCGGAGUGGCCCCCGGGGACCAGGACGCCAGCUCCCCCGCCGCCACGCCAUCCUACCUCCUGGACGAAGAGCUGGUGCAGGCCAAUGGGAAGAGGCAGUAUAACCGGGACUUCCUGUUGGGCUUCCAGUUCAUGCCGGCCUGCGUGCAGAAACCAGAGGGCCUCCCUCCCAUCAGCGAUGUGGUGCUGGACAAGAUAAACCAAAACAAGCUCCCGAGCGCCAGAGCCCCGGAUCCCAGGGUCAUCUCCAGAGGUCCCGACUUCACCCCGGCCUUCGCCGACUUCGGCGGCCGACCCCUCCUGGGGGGCAGGGGCGCCCCGCUGCUGGGUGUGUGUCCUCGUCGCCCCCCUCCUCGUAAGAUCAUCAUGAACGUGUCCGUGAAUGACGACGUGCAGCUGAAGAAGGCUGAGAACGCCUGGAAGCCUGGCCUGAAGAGGGACCCCAGCGCACCCAGCGACGACCCCGACUCCAACAAGACACAGGAUCUGUUCCGUAAGGUGCGCAGCAUCCUGAACAAGCUGACGCCGCAGAUGUUCAACCAGCUGAUGAAGCAGGUGAGCGAGCUGACCAUCGACACGGAGGAGCGGCUCAAGGGCGUCAUCGACCUCGUCUUCGAGAAGGCCAUCGACGAGCCCAGCUUCUCCGUGGCCUACGCCAACAUGUGCCGAUGCCUCGCCACGCUGAAGGUGCCCAUGACGGACAAGCCCGGCACCACGGUCAACUUCCGCAAGCUGCUGCUGAACCGCUGCCAGAAGGAGUUUGAGAGGGACAAGGCAGAUGACGUGGUGUUCGAGCGCAAGCAGAGAGAGCUGGACUCAGCCACAUCAUCUACGGAGCGCGAGCGUCUGCAGGAGGAGCUGGUGGAGGCCAAGGACAAGGCCCGCCGGCGCUCCAUCGGCAACAUCCGCUUCAUCGGCGAGCUCUUCAAGCUCAAGAUGCUGACGGAGGCCAUCAUGCACGACUGCGUGGUCAAGCUGCUGAAGAACCACGACGAGGAGAGCCUGGAGUGCCUCUGCCGCCUGCUCACCACCAUCGGCAAGGACCUGGACUUCGAGAAGGCCAAGCCCCGUAUGGACCAAUACUUCACCCAGAUGGAGAAGAUCGUGAAGGAGAGGAAGACGUCCUCCAGAAUACGCUUCAUGCUGCAGGACAUCAUCGACCUCAGGCUGCACAACUGGGUGUCUCGGCGAGCGGACUCUGGCCCCAAGACCAUCGAGCAGAUCCACAAAGAGGCCAAGAUCGAGGAGCAGGAGGAGCAGAGGAAGGUCCACCAGCAGCUCCUCAACAAGGACAGCAAGCGCAGGCCAGACCAGCGUGAGGUGCGCCCCCAGAGGGAGCCGCAGAGGGAGGAGAGCUGGAGCACGGUGCCCAUGAGCAAGAACAGCAGGACCAUCGACCCCGCCAAGAUACCCAAGAUCACCAAGCCUCAGCUUGAUGAUAAGAUCCAGCUGGGCCCGAGGGCUCAACUCAACUGGAUGAAGGGGAGCAGCGGGGGAGCCAAGGCCAGCGACUCUGAGCUGUCCAGGUCGUCAGGCGGCAGCAGCCUGAACCGCUACUCAGCUCUGCAGCAGUCUCCCUCGGCCCCAGCCAGCCCCCAGGCCAACACGCCCAGCUCAGACUACGACUCCAGGAGAAACCUGGGAAGUCGUGGCAGUAUCGGACGCGAGCGCGGCGAGAAGCCCCAGGCCCCUGGCGGAGGAGGCCCCGGAGGCGUGGCGGUGCGCCUGGGGCCCCUGAGCCGCACGGGCAGCGGCAAGGAGCUGCAGCCGCAGCAGGAGCAGGGGCCCGCCGGCGAGGAGCCCCCUCCACGCAGGGAGACACCGCGAGACCGGCGACCCUCCGCCCACAGCCAGAGUCCCGGCCGCAACCGGAGCCAAUCCCGCAGAGCCAGCACGGACGACAGGAGCGACUCGGAGCGAAGCAACAGCAGCAGAGCCCCCAGAGGACCCGUCAAAGCGGAAACUCCCCCGGCGGUGGUGGCAGCCAAGGCAGCCCUGUCUGAGGAGGAGAUGGAGAGGAGGUCCCGCGCCAUCAUCGACGAGUACCUGCACAUCAACGACAACAAGGAGGCAGUGCAGUGUGUGGAGGAGCUGGAGCAGACGUCUCAGCUGAGCGUGUUUGUGCGUGUGGGGGUGGAGGCCACGCUGGAGAGGAGCCAGGUGACCAGAGACCACAUGGGACAGCUCUUCCACCUGCUGCUCACCAAGGAGCUGCUGCCUCGGGAACAGCUCUACCGCGGGUUUGAGGAGACCCUGGAGGUGGCGGAUGACAUGGCCAUAGACAUCCCCCACAUCUGGCUCUACCUGGCCCAGCUACUUUGCCCUCUGCUCAAGGAAGGGGGCAUCUCUGUGAGAGAGCUCUUUAGUGAAUUAAGCAAACCAUUGCUUCCUGUGGGAAGAGCAGGGAUCCUAUUUGCUGAAAUUCUGCACCUUCUAUGCAAACAAAUGACCCAUAAGAAAGUGGGGGCACUAUGGGUGGACUCGGGCCUCAGCUGGAGUGACUUCCUGCCCGAGGGAGAGGACGUGCACACCUUCAUCUCAGAACAGAAGCUGCAGUUUACGCUGGCGGACAGCGUGAGUGGUGGUGCUGGUGGUGUGGUGGUGUCCAAGAGGCCGCUGGCCCCCGAGGAGCUGAGCAGACACAUGGAGCGCCUCCUGCUGGAGGACCUGGCCAGUGACGAGCAGAUCUUCGACUGGGUGGAGGCAAACCUGGAUGAGUCUCAGAUGAGCUCCUCCCCUUUUCUGAGAGCUUUAAUGACUGCAGUGUGCAAGGCAGCAGUGAAAGACGAGAGCUCUUCCUGCAAAGUGGACACUGCAACCAUCCAGAAGAGGUUACCUGUCUUACUGAAGUACCUUAACUCAGACACUGAGCGCCAGUUGCAAGCACUUUACGCACUUCAAGCAUUAAUAGUAACUCUUGAACAACCUCCUAACCUGCUCCGCAUGUUCUUUGACUGUCUGUACGACGAGGACGUGAUCUCGGAGGAUGCCUUCUACCUCUGGGAGUCCAGCAAGGACCCGGCCGAGCAGCUGGGCAAAGGCGUGGCCCUCAAGUCCGUCACGGCCUUCUUCACCUGGCUACGCGAGGCCGAGGAGGAGUCGGAGGACAACUGAGCAGCGAGGAGUAGUAGUGGGGAACAGGAGGAGUAGUGGAGACCUUAUCCGUUCUUCCCCCCCCAUUUUUUACUCUUCCUCCAUGAGUGGUUCUUCGCCGUUCCACAGAUGUUCUAAGGCGGUGUGUCCACAUUCCUACAGGACUGACAAAGUCAGCGUGGGAGACAAAGGAACAAGAGGAACGUAAAAGGCCUAGGAGGGACAAUGGAGGCUGGAAGGGAACGUGAUCGCAGUGCGAUGCUACCAACGUUCCUAACGUUCUGUUGAGUUCCUUCAAAAAACGCCGCCUGAGGAAGAUCUCCAGACAUGGGAGCACUACAUAAGUGUAUUAUACAUAGAAAAUAUUUUUGCUUUAAAUUUUAUCCUUUUUUGGUUUUGUUUUGUUUUCUUUUUUUUGUUACAUUUUCAAGAGACUUGAAAACAGGUCAUAACCUGGUUAAUUUAUUAUUUUUUUAAGAGACUGCAAAAAAAACAAACAAAAGAUGGACCUUUUAUUUAACAUUUGCAGAAAAUGCUCAUAUUGAGGAGAACGUCACUGACCAUAGAAAACAACAAAAUAACAAAAGUAAUUAUCAGUACAGUAAUAAUAAUUGUGGAAUUGAAAUAGACUCUGAGGGAUUCCCGAGUUGUGUGGUUUGGAGUCGGUUUCAGAGGAAGAUAUUUUUGAAUUGAAGAAAAAAACAAAAAAAAAUGUGGCAGAGACACGGAGACGGUUGAAGUUAACUGUGUUUGAGAGUGGAUGGGUUUAUGGUAGACGUAAGCCCUUCCCUGGUCUGGUGCUGCAGGUUUUUUUGCUUGCUCUCUGGUGAGUUGUAUGAGCUUCCAAAUGGACAGAAGAAGUGGCCACUCGCAUGCGCGCACACGCACACAAGGACUUUCUUUGGGGGUGACAAAAAAAAUAAAGCAAAUGUGUGUGUUUGUGCGCUCUGCUCUCUUAAGGCGAGGCCAAGUGAUAAAGCAGGGUUACUGAACCGUGUAAUUCUCCAGACAUGAAGAGCAAAUUUAAAGUACAUGUGAAUACAUUAAAGACUCUAAGAACA